AUGAGGUAUCAGAGAGUAAGCCCAGAUUGUCUUCCCCUUACAAACUCAGAAAAGAAGCCUUACUUAAGACCUUCACCUUCAACACCAGACACCACUUCCAUCGCCGCAAGAGGAUUCAACGGCGGAUCAUCAUCAUCAUCACUAGACGGAGUCCCCAAAGGAUUCCGCGUCAGAUCCACCCUACAACCAGAUCCUCCCACCUCUACCAAGCGCGGCGGAGAUGUGCUGUUACAGUGGGGACAAAGAAAACGAUCGAGAAUCUCCAGAGCCGAGAUCCGAUCCUCCACCACCACCACCACCGUGGCCGCCGCGGCAGAUGACUCUUCGUCUUCUUCGGGACAUGGUAAGAUUCAAUCGAGCAAGCUUUUGAGAAGAUCGGUUAAUCCGUCUAUGCCUCCACCACCUCCUCACCCGGUUUCCGCUAACCGGAGUACAAACCAUAGAAACGGUUUCGUCGGCAGCAAGGAAAUAUUCCUUUCCAGGAAUCAAGAAGAUCGAUCAGCCAACGGAUCACCAUCAAGGAACAUCAACAGCAGCCGUACGGUGUCCAGAUCGGGAGGCUCAAAGCGAUCUCCACCGUCUCCUGACCAGAUCGAGAAGAGAUCAAGCGUCAGAGAUCAUCAUCAUCAGAACCAGAGACAAAACGGGCUGGAUCAUCAUAACCAUAAUCAAAGAGUGAACAGAUCAGAAUCAACGGCUCAGGCUCAUCCAGAGCUGGAGACAAACAACAAUGGAGAGAGAGAAAAAGCAACGCAAGUGGAAGUGACAGAGUGGCCGAGGAUCUACAUUGCCUUGUCUAGGAAAGAGAAGGAAGAGGAUUUCUUGGUUAUGAAAGGCACAAAGCUUCCUCAUCGACCCAGGAAACGGGCUAAGAACAUUGAUAAAUCCCUCCAGUAUUGUUUUCCAGGGCUGUGGCUGUCUGAUUUACCCAAGAACCGUUAUGAUGUUAGGGAGAAGAAAAAUGUGAAGAAGCAACAGCAGAAACGGAGAGGGUUGAAAGGUAUGGAAGAUUUGGACACCGACUCGGAGUAA